ACCACAAACACCACUAUUCAACUACCCCACCGACCCCAAAACAAUGACCACAACAGCCACAACAGAACUAGCCUUCCCCCUACCACACACACACAGCACUACCGUCCACGUGCACCUGACACUAUCAAAGAACCACAUCCUCCUCCACCUCACCACCAAAACCCCCGAGACGGCGUCUCAGCCAGCGGCGCUGGGUUCUUUCGUAUACGCCCUUCCACCCGUUCGUAUUCCCCCGCCUCGCCCACUCCCGACCGGCUCUGGCUAAUUUGUUGUUGUUUUGCAGACUGGCAAUCAUAAGAGCUCCCUCUCAACCGCAAUCUACGUGCGCGAGAGCACUCUCGAGACCGCUACUCGCAUAGCCAAGAUUCUGGCGAAGCGCACGGGGUUGCCGGCAUACGUGGGGAAUUCCAUGAGUUUUGCGAGCGCGGGAAUGGGCGGCGGGGGUAUGGAGGAGGUGGAGGGGGUCAAGAGGGUCGUGGAGGUUGUUUGUGGGGAGGUGGAGGUGUGGAGGAGGGGUGCUGGGCAGGGGGGUGAGGAUGUGGCGGUGGAUGGAGAAAGAGGAGGUAGGUAGUGAGGGGUUGAAUAAUUACGGUUUGGGUGGGGGCUGGCGGAUUUGGGAUUUGGAAUGGAAAAACGAGUACCGUACUAUGGCGAUGGGGAAUGGUAUCAUAAUACAAUGGUAUCAUAAUACUUGUG